AUGGCUAUACAGCCAGCAACGGGAGAUGGCUUUUCUCCCAGUAGGCCCCCUUCACCUCCCUCCACACCCGAAAAGUAUUCACACACGGAAGAGAAUGGUCAUCAUCCACAACAACUACCACCACCACCACCAGCACCACCAGCAGCACCGCCAGAGCAUCCCAAUUCUUCUGCGGGCAUGUACGGCUAUUACACAAAACACGCACUCGCAUCUGUAUCACACUUGCAGCAGCAGCAACAACAGCAACAGCAACAACACAAUGUGGGCAACCUGCAGAGCGCAGAGGACUGGAGAAUGAGAGAGCGGCUCAAAACGGUCUCGGUGGCUCUCGUUCUUUGCUUGAAUAUCAGUGUUGAUCCUCCAGAUAUUGUCAAACCCAACCCUUGUGCAAGGCUAGAGUGCUGGGUAGACCCUGCUUCUCAGACUCCCAGAAAAGCCCUCGAAGCCAUUGGACGAAACUUGCAGGCUCAGUAUGAAGUUUGGCAACCCCGUGCUCGCUACAGACUCUCCCUCGAUCCUUCCGUAGACGAAAUCAAAAAACUCUGCUGUUCCCUCCGUCGCAACACAAAGGAGGAGCGCGUCCUCUUUCACUACAAUGGCCAUGGCGUCCCUCGGCCGACGCCAGGAGUACAUUCCCGUCUCCAUCUAUGA